AUGCUUCCUUUAGUUAGCAUCAUCGAGCAACUCCAGCAAGCUGUGGCUGCUCGACUUGCGCAUCAAUUGAAUCAGUCCCAGUUUGGACACGUGACACAGCAGAGCGCUGGUUUUGUCACGCCGGAAAAGGCUCCUGCAGGAGUGUCACAUAGUGGGGGACCACAGAUUGUGCAAGCCGGGGUAGAUGCAGGAGGUGACACUGUUGUCUUGCCAGGGGCUCCUGCAGGUGCUGCAAAGAAGACCAGGACGAACUGGUCGGUGUAUGAAGGCGACAUGCUGAUUGCUGUGAUGAAGAUACAUGAGGAUGCGCUGCUGGAUCCAAGCACAGGAAUCAAGUAUAGGACAAUGAGCGCGGCAGAGAAGUUCACCAUGAUCAGCGAGCGCUUGGCUCAGCUGGAUCCACCAGUGUACCGCACAAUCAGCCAGAUCGAAGACAAGUGGGACAGGAUGACGAGCGAUUUUAAGAAGGUGUAUGACUGGGACAAGCAGCCUCCAAGUGGGAAACCCUCGUACUGGAACAUGCCACAGGAGAUGAAGCGGGAUCAGAAGAUGCCUCCAGCGUUUACCAAGGCUCUCUUUGACAGGCAAGUACUACUUGCAGUUCCCAUUCUCUCUCUGGCUGCCAGUUGCAACUUACGCUUGACAGUCAUCCUUUGUGCGGCUUUCUUCAACGUACAUCGUAUCAGUUACUGCUUCACCGAGUGA